AUGGCUUUGCUUAUGUCUGCACAGCUCAGAGUGCCCGCGCGCUCGCACUCGACCACUGGCUACCAGGCCACCGAGGACAACGAGCCAAAGUUCCUGCAGGCGGUCGGCAUGUACUUUGACCGCGCAGCCAAGUACAGCAAUGCAACAGCCGAGACGCUCAAGCACAUCAAGGCCACGGACAGCGUGCUGAGCGUGACGUUCCCGGUGGAGAAGGACGGCAAGACAGUGAUGAUCCGCGGGUACCGGUCGCAGCACUCGCGGCACCGGCUGCCGUGCAAGGGCGGGAUCCGGUUCUCGUCGGCGGUGGAUCUGCAGGAGGUGGAGGCUCUGUCGGCGCUGAUGACGUACAAGUGUGCGGUGGUGGACGUGCCGUUUGGCGGCGGCAAGGGCGGCAUCAUGAUCAACCCGGCGGACUGGACCGAGGCGGAGCUGGAGCGCAUCACGCGGCGGUUCACGCUGGAGCUGUGCCAGAAGAACUUUAUUGGCCCGGGCGUGGACGUGCCGGCUCCGGACGUGGGCACGGGGGCACGCGAGAUGGGGUGGAUUGCAGACACAUACCGCAACUUCAACCCGCAGGACGUCAGCGGAGCCGCGUGUGUGACGGGCAAGGCGCUGUCGCUGGGCGGCGUGCGUGGGCGCACAGAGGCCACCGGGCUGGGCGUGUACUACGGCGUGCGCGAGUUCCUGACAUACCCCGAGGUGCAGAAGAAGAUUGGGCACCACGGCAAGAUCCAGGACACCAGCGUGAUCAUCCAGGGCUUCGGCAAUGUGGGCUACUGGGCGGCCAAGUUCUUUGAGUCGAACGGCGCCAAGAUCCGCGGCAUCGUCGAGCACGACUAUGCUGCGUACAACGAGGCCGGCAUCAACGUCGAGCACCUGUUCCUGUGGCGCAAGGAGCACGGGUCGUUCAAGGGCUUCCCCGACGCCAAGAUCGUCGACCAGCCCAUGACUGUGCUGGAGAGCGAGUGCGACGUGCUGAUCCCCGCAGCGCUGGAGCGCCAGAUCGGCCUGCGCAAUGCCCACAAGAUCAAGGCCAAGCUGAUCGGCGAGGCUGCCAAUGGCCCGGUGACGCCGGCAGCCGACGAGGUGCUGCGUGCAAACGGCAAGGUUAUUGUGCCGGACCUGCUGCUGAACGCUGGCGGAGUGUGUGUGUCGUACUUUGAGUGGGCCAAGAACCUGUCGCACCUGCGGUUUGGCCGCAUGAACAAGCGCUGGGACGAGCGCAGCAAGGAGCAGCUGCUGGCGCUGGUCGAGGGCAACGCCGGGCGCCCGCUGUCGGAGGGCGAGCGCCGUGAGCUGAUCCACGGCGCCGAGGAGCAUGAGCUGGUGUAUUCGGGUCUGGAGGACACAAUGAUUGUUGCCUGCAACGAGACCCGCCAGACCGCCAACCUCAAGGAGAUCGACUACCGCACCGCCGCCAUGACCAACUCCAUUAACAAGAUCGCCGCCAGCCUGGCUGGCUCCGGCUCCAUCUUCACCCACGCAUAA